AUGACUCUUCCAGACAACAUGGAUAAAGAAAACGCAAUAGAUGCGAGGAGGCUCAAGACCAUGAGUCACACUCUAAAGACCUGCAUUAAGCAGGCCUUCAAACGAAAGGGCCUCACAUGUGGCAUGACAUCGUGUGGAGAACUGUUGCACAGGUACCCAGGAACUGUAAUGUUCUGUAUUUUGCCAAGUACUGACAAUGUCAGUGUUCACAUCCAUCAGAUGUUAAUCCAGGCGUUCUGCCGAGAGAACGGCAUUAUCAUCAUUGAACUGGAUGAUGAGGCUAAGCUUGCAACACUCAUUAGCAAGUUGAUGGACAGAAUUCAUGGAGUUCGUAUACUGGGAAAUGCAGAUGAUACAAGCUGUGUGUUGCUACAGUAUCCUAAGCAAGGUUAUGGCAAUAACGACAAGAAACUCAUAGAAUUUUAUGAGGAAAUGAUGAGGAUGUCUUACCCAAUGCCUCACUUGACCCUACCUGAUUGA